AUGACAGAGCCACAGACCUGUACGUUGAAGGAUUUUCUCUGUGCCAAUGGGGACUGCGUCUCCUCCAGGUUCUGGUGUGACGGGGAUUUUGACUGUGCGGAUGGCUCUGAUGAGAGAAAUUGUGAAACUAGUUGUUCCAGAGAUCAGUUCCGAUGUUCCAAUGGUCAGUGCAUAUCAGCAAAAUGGACAUGUGAUGGUCAUGAGGACUGCAAACAUGGCGAGGAUGAGAAGAACUGCGAUCCAGCUUCUCCUACUUGCUCAUCAAGUGAAUAUAUAUGUGCCAGCGGAGGAUGUAUUUCAGCAUCUUUGAAAUGUAAUGGAGAAUAUGACUGUGCUGAUGGUUCAGAUGAGAUGGACUGUGUGACUGAAUGUAAGGAAGAUCAGUUUCGAUGCAGAAAUAAAGCCCACUGUGUUCCAAUUAGAUGGCUGUGCGAUGGAGUUCAUGACUGUGUGGAUGGCAGUGAUGAAGAGAACUGUGACAGAGGAGGAAAUAUAUGUAGAGCAGAUGAGUUCCUUUGCAAUAAUUCCCUUUGCAAACUCCAUUUCUGGGUGUGUGAUGGAGAGGACGACUGUGGAGACAACUCUGACGAAGCCCCGGACUUGUGUGUCAAAUUUCUUUGCCCACCCACGAGACCUUACAGAUGCAGAAAUAACAGAAUAUGCCUGCAGUCUGAGCAGAUGUGCAAUGGGAUUGAUGACUGUGGGGACAACUCAGACGAAGAUCACUGUGGUGGUAAGCUUACAUAUAAAGCAAGACCUUGUAAAAAAGACGAGUUUGCUUGCAGCAAUAAAAAGUGCAUUCCCAUGGACCUCCAGUGCGAUCAGCUGGAUGACUGUGGAGACGGUUCAGAUGAACAAGGCUGCAGAAUGUCUUCCACUGAAUAUACCUGUGAAGAUAAUGUGAAUCCAUGUGGAGAUGAUGCAUAUUGUAAUCAAAUAAAAACAUCUGUUUUCUGUCGCUGUAAGCCUGGAUUUCAGAGAAACAUGAAAAACAGACAGUGUGAAGAUGUUAACGAAUGUUUGGUCUUUGGCACAUGUUCCCACAAAUGUAUAAAUAUGGAAGGAUCGUAUAAAUGUGUGUGCGAUCAGAAUUUUCUAGAAAGAAACAGCACCUGCAUAGCAAGAGGCUCUGAAGAUGAAGUUCUCUACAUUGCUAAUGACACUGAUAUCCUGGGUUUUAUAUAUCCAUUCAACUACAGUGGCGAUCAUCAACAAAUUUCUCAUGUUGAACAUAAUUCAAGGAUAACAGGGAUGGAUGUAUAUUAUCAAAGAGAUAUGAUUAUUUGGAGUACUCAGUUUAAUCCAGGCGGGAUUUUCUACAAAAGGAUCCAUGACAGAGAAAAAAGGCAAGCAAACAGUGGCUUGAUUUGUCCUGAAUUUAAAAGGCCCAGAGACAUUGCAGUUGACUGGGUAGCAGGAAAUAUUUAUUGGACUGAUCAUUCUAGAAUGCACUGGUUUAGUUACUACACCACCCACUGGACCAGUCUGAGGUAUUCUAUCAACGUGGGGCAGCUGAAUGGCCCCAACUGGCUGGCUGUGGAUCAUUUCAGCGAGCGGAUCUACUGGGCUGACCUUGAGCUCUCCCUCAUUGGCAGCGUUCUGUAUGACGGCUCCGACUCCGUGGUCUCCGUCAGCAGCAGACAAGGCUUGCUACAUCCACAUAGGAUUGAUGUCUUUGAAGAUUAUAUAUAUGGAGCAGGACCUAAAAACGGUGUAUUUCGAGUACAAAAAUUUGGCCAUGGUUCAGUAGAGUACCUAGCUCUAGAUGUUGGUAAAACAAAAGGUGUUUUAAUAUCUCAUCGCUAUAAACAACUAGACUUACCCAAUCCUUGCUUGGAAUUAGCAUGUGAAUUUCUCUGUUUGCUGAAUCCUUCUGGGGCCACCUGUGUGUGCCCGGAAGGAAAAUAUUUGAUUAAUGGCACCUGCAAUGAUGACAGCCUGUUAGAUGAUUCAUGCAAAUUGACUUGUGAAAAUGGAGGAAGAUGCAUUUUAAAUGAGAAGGGUGAUUUGAGGUGUCACUGCUGGCCUAGUUAUUCAGGAGACAGAUGUGAAGUAAACCACUGUAGCAACUACUGUCAAAAUGGAGGAACUUGUAUACCAUCCGCUCUGGGGAGACCCACCUGCCGCUGUGCGCUGGGAUUCACUGGACCAAACUGUGGCAAGAUGGUCUGUGAGGACUUUUGUCAGAACGAAGGGACCUGCAGCGUGACUGCUGGGAACCAGCCUUCCUGCCACUGCCCGCCUGAACACACGGGGGACAGAUGCCAGGACUAUGUGUGUCACCACUACUGUGUGAAUUCUGAAUCCUGUACUAUUGGGAAUGACGGAAGCGUUGACUGUGUCUGUCCAACACGCUAUGAAGGACCAAAAUGUGAGGUUGACAAAUGUAUAAGAUGCCACGGCGGGCACUGUGUUAUAAAUAAAGACAGUGAUGAUAUAUCUUGCAACUGCACCAAUGGAAAGAUUGCCUCUAGCUGUCAGUUAUGUGACGGCUACUGUUACAAUGGUGGCACAUGUCAGCUGGACCCUGAGACAAAUGUACCUGUGUGUCUAUGCUCCACCAACUGGUCAGGCACACAAUGUGAGAGGCAAGCCCCAAAGAGCAGCAAGUCUGAUCAUAUCAGCACAAGAAGCAUUGCCAUCAUCGUGCCUCUGGUGCUCCUGGUGACUUUGAUAACCACCUUAGUCAUUGGGUUAGUGCUUUGUAAAAGAAAAAGAAGGACAAAAACUAUUAGAAGACAACCUAUUAUCAAUGGAGGCAUAAACGUAGAAAUUGGCAAUCCAUCUUACAACAUGUAUGAGGUGGAUCAUGAUCACAACGAUGGAGGUCUUCUAGAUCCCGGUUUUAUGAUAGAUCCAACAAAGGGCAGGUAUAUAGGGGGUGUGUCCAGUGCUUUCAAGCUUCCACAUACAGCGCCACCCAUCUACUUAAACUCUGAUUUGAAAGGACCACUAACUGCUGGGCCAACAAAUUACUCCAAUCCAGUGUAUGCAAAAUUAUACAUGGAUGGGCCAAACUGUCGAAACUCCUUAGGAAGUGUUGAUGAAAGGAAAGAAUUGCUUCCAAAGAAAAUAGACAUUGGAAUAAGAGAGACGGUGGCAUAAUCAGCGAUGCCUUUUAUAUACUGUAAAAAAUGUAUAAAAUAUAAGGAUUACUUUUGUAUGUUCCAACAGUAUUAUACUUGUUUUGGCAUCAGCAUUACCUCUUUCUUUAUCUUUUCCCUGGUUACUUGUUUUCUGAGUUUUAUUUUUUGCUGAUGACCAUUGAUUGACCAUUUGUAUGGUAUUUUUAUGAAACAAGAACUGCACUACAGUACAAUUUACAACAAUGCUGCUGAUAUGACACCCCUUUGAAUUUGUUAAAAUUAAAAACAACAUAGUCCUUUGUAGUGUGAAUAUGAGCAAUCUAUUUUAUAUGAAAUUUUUUGGUUCUACUUAAUCCACAGUGUGAGUCUCUAUACUUUUUCAUUAUGUGGUCUGAAACCUGUAAUACAAUGUCAUUUUACUUUUAUGUUUCAAUUGGUAAAAGAAUGAUUGAAAGGUUGACUCUCUUCUUUGCGCCCAUUAUGAUUGAUUCCUACUUCUGAAAAUAUAUAGCCCUCACAAGUUCAGCAUCUCCUGCUUUGAAAUUAGCCUUAGAUUGCCAACUGAUAGAUGAGAAUUUUGAGGAAAAUCUUUGAAAAUAUAUAAGAUGAAUAAUUUGCAUGAACACAUAUGACUACAUUUUCCAAAAUUUAGUGAACUAUAUGAGAUAUACUAAACAUAUACACCCUGCAACCAAUAGUUAUAUUUAGGUGGUAGAACAUAGCAAAACUAUAACCCAGAGUGGAAAAACCACAUUGCUGUGCGAUAAGACCUUUUGUUCUCCCUCAGUCCUGAGGUAAAUAGCCAGCCUAGAGCACAACAGGGUAUUGGUUGCUGACCUCUUAGAAAUCUCUUCCCAAUCAUGUUCAUUUUGUGGAAGAGCAACCCAACCUCUUCCCACACAGAACACUAAAGAGUAAUACGUAAGCACACAAAUUGAUGACAGAAUUUCAAUUAUGUGAAUGCAUUUUCUUUUCUAGGUCAAAAAGAAGCAAAACAGUCAUUAUGGUAUAGAGUAAUUGAUAAAUAUUUUUAGUAUACGGUAUGACUAAUUCAUUAUUUUCCCUAUCAAAAAUAUAUUCUUAAAGGACUUGCCCAGUUAUAGGAUAACUAAUUAUCUGCCCAUAAUCAAAGGUGGAGGGAAUAAAUGCUGACCAGUUUCCCUGGUACCCUGGUUUCUUUUUGUUAUGAAAAAACACAUGGACCCCAUUCACUUGUUGGUUUGUUUUCAAUUUUUAAUUGAAACAAGUACGAUUUAUUUAAGUUGUAUAAAAAAGGAUAGCAUUUUUAUACAAAUAUCUUUAAAGGCACAAAAGAUUUAUUCACAAGGUAAGGAGGGCUUUUUGUUCCUCUAUAGACAUGACUGACUUUUAGCUGUCAUAAUGUAUUAACCUAACAGAUGAAAUAUGUUUGUGGUUGCUCUUAUCCCUUUGUACAAGCAUUAAAAAAAACUGCUGUUUUAUAAAGAGACUUUUUGUUGUACUAUGUGCAUGCAUACUACCUAUUUCUAAACUUUGCCAUAUUGAGGCCUUUAUAAACUAUUGAUUUAUGUAAUACUAGUGCAAUUUUGCUUGAACAAUGUUAUGCAUAUCAUAAACUUUUUCAGGUUCUUGUUUAAGUACAUUUUUUAAAUUGAACAGUAUUUUUCAUUUUGGUUAUAAUAGUCAUUUUGCCUAUGUUUCUACAAUGAAGUGUUAAAUACUUUAUAAAAAA